CGGCAUUUUCUUUCUAAUGGCAGAUUAGCAAUGAGACAAACCGUCCAAAGGAGGGAGCGAGCGACCCAGAUCUUGCACACGGCACGCACCGGCCACACGGCAACAGUGUGCGUCUUGUGCCGCAGGGGCGUGGGCCUUCUUCCUCCUCUUCCGGCACUCCACUGCUCCGUCUCCCGGCCUCUCGCCUCUCGGCCUCUCCAUCGUUCGACCUCGCGACGCGUCAAGUAGGGGGGCGGCGGCCUUCGCGGAGAUGACCACCUUCCUGAUCACCGGAGGCGAUUUCCCGCGACACUCCUCCCCCCUCCCCGUGCUCUGCUAGACAGAUAGAUCCGGGCUCUUCCUUGGUCUACUGAAUGAGAAAUCACAUCCUAUUUUUAGGAUUGCUCUUUUUGUUCUUACUUGGAUGAAUUUAAGAAAAAGCCCGUUUUGGUUUCUGUGCAUUUACAUGUAAAUUCACAAUUCUGAAUUUUGUUGUUCUACAUUUCAAAGAUGGCUGCAGUACACUCUUCCAGCUGUAGCCUUCUAGGAUCUGUUACUUCUUCACAAUCCUGAAUUUUGUUGUUCUACAUUUCAAAGAUUUGCUCUCACAUAACCCAAUCCUGACUGUCCCCUGUUCUAUAAUGUGAAUUUGAAGUUGCUAAUCACUUUCUUUUAGUUUAUGUGUUGUAGAAUAUAAGCAACUGCUGUUAAUUUUGAACAUAAAUUGUCAUGUAGGACUAGAAUCUGAUGUUCCAUCUAUGUAUCCCUUCUAAAUUCUAAAAGUAACAAGAGCAGCAGAAGAUGUUUUUCUUAUUGGCCAUUGGGGUUGCAAACCGAACUAUAGUUCAGUGGUGUGGUUGGUCAUGGUCAUGCCUACCGACUGGGGUUCAAACCCGGUAUUACACACACACACGCAAAAAAAAAACCUCACUGGCUUGUGUCUGUGGUGCAUCACUGCCCCGCUUGUUGAUACACCCAGCCCAGGUGGGGUUGGCCGAGGCCCAACAAAUUAGGGUUGCCCGGAGCCCAACAGUUCAUUAUGCACACCCAACUCAGGGAAAGGCCCAAUCGCCUCAAAAGACUAGUCCAAUGGAGGAAGGGUGGCUCUCCCUUUUAAAGUGGCUUCCUCCUCCCAAGUUAAGCGAGGUGGGAUAAUUCUGAGGCUCACACGGUCGCCGUCCGACUACAAUUGGGCCAAUUGGGCCAAUUGCGUCUUUGCCAACGGGUAAUAGUGGAGGAUGUCCUCAUCAUUCCCACCUUCUUAAAAUGGGCCCUAGCUCUGAUACCAGAUGAUACACCCAGCCCAGGUGGGGUUGGCCGAGGCCCAACAAAUUAGGGUUGCCCGGAGCCCAACAGUUCAUUAUGCACACCCAACUCAGGGAAAGGCCCAAUCGCCUCAAAAGACUAGUCCAAUGGAGGAAGGGUGGCUCUCCCUUUUAAAGUGGCUUCCUCCUCCCAAGUUAAGCGAGGUGGGAUAAUUCUGAGGCUCACACGGUCGCCAUCCGACUACAAUUGGGCCAAUUGGGCCAAUUGCGUCUUUGCCAACGGGUAAUAGUGGAGGAUGUCCUCAUCACUUGUAAUGGUGCACUGUGCCAACCCGGGUAACGGCGUAAACUGGCCCAAGUUCGGUUUCAGUUUGGCUCUAUAAAUGGCCAUGGACCAGGGUGGGGGCGGGGGUAACUUGGGUCAUGUGGAUGUGGUCCCUUCUUAAUUAUAAUGACAUGGGGGUGGUUCUUCGCCCACUGGUCGUUUUUUAAUUGGCCAUUGGGGCAUGGGCUAUCAUUGCCUUCAUUUGAAGAAGAAAAGGCUACAGGCCACAGACGAUUUUUUCCCCAAUUCAUGUGCAAUUUGAAUAAUUGUCAAUGCAUCAGGAUGGUCUACUGCUGUUUCUCUGCAUGACAUAGGCCAGUUUUGUAUUUUCAUCAGAUUUUCCCCUAAUCCUUCAAGACCCAGAUGUAACUAUCUGACUUGUGGCGAUUCAUUGUGUAGGCAUCUGGUUGAUGUACAGUUUAUCAUAUCCAACCUGUUGAGUUUCAGCGCCCCCCCCCCCCCCCCCCCCCCCCGCAUAUAAGCUUUCUUUGUCUUGACAACAUGGACUUUGUGCCUAAUAUUUGUCUUAUGCAUAACAUAUAGUGGAUUUUAUGGUCAGUCAUACAGGAGCCAGUCAUAUCUUUAAUCGUUACCCCAAUUAUUGAUUGCAUUCUAUCAAAUACUAAAGAUUGUUUUCUCAGAUUUGUUCGGUGAGGACAUCAUGUGGAGUUUUGCAUCAAAUGCCAUAGCUGGAAGCUUAAAGAAAAAAGCACAACCCUCAAAAUGCAGCAUAUCCAAUGCAGAUUAUUCUGAUGAUGAAGUUUCUUCAUGUACAAGCAGAGAGGAAGGCCUUGAUUGUCCAAUAUGCUGGGAAUCCUUCAACCUCGUGGAGAAUGUUCCCUAUGUCUUGUGGUGUGGCCACACAAUGUGCAAAAACUGCAUCCUUGGUCUUCACUGGGCAGUUGUCAAGUUCCCGUCCCUUCCUAUCCAGCUGCCUUUGUUCAUCUCAUGCCCCUGGUGCAACCUGCUGUCUUUCCGCCUGGUUUACAAGGGCAACCUCAGGUUCCCACGCAAGAACUACUUUCUGCUCUGGAUGGUCGAGAGCAUGAACGGUGGGAGAGCAAAAUUCCAUUCCACUAACCAUGACGAGCAUCAUUCCACGUGGCAUUCAAGUGCCGGCACAAGCUCCAGCCAUCAACAGCGAAGAAAUGCUGCUGUAGGAUCAGAGAGCUCUUCUGGCAGAGAGACAGGCGUAGGCCGCAACAUUUUCCACACCGACAACAUUAGUGCUUCUCUGCAAAAGCUUAUGGUGUGCUUCAUGCAGCUGACGGCCAAGUUCCCACUCGUGAUAAUCUUUCUGCUGAUAGUCCUUUAUGCUGUCCCUGCAAGUGCUGCUGUUCUGGUUCUCUACGCCCUUGUCACGUUUUUGUUUGCACUGCCCUCAUUUUUGAUCCUCUACUUUGCCUACCCCAGCUUGGAUUGGCUUGUCAGAGAGAUCUUCGCUUAAUUCGUGCUGUCUGAAAUGUCCGCGCAGUUUGUAUCCCUGCGACAAAUGAUAUAUAUUGGUAUAUGUAUUCCAUGGGCCACCUGCCCUCGUAGGCCCUGUAUAGUUUCUUCUUAUUCUCUGUCCUUGUAGCACUCUAUUUCUGUUGUAACUAACAGCUUAUUAAAAAUGCUCUGCAAUGCUUUUAUUUGUGGUUCUA